CAAGUCCAAAAGCAGUCUGCUUGGCAUUGCUGCAGCAUUGUCAGAUAUGUUACUAUUACGAGCAAGACAGACUUACACCCUUCCUGGCCUGACUGAAGUUUCCCCAGUUCCAGCCACUGGUGUUGCAACGUGGCACUCUGGUAGCAUCUUUAUCAUGAAAGUUCACUCUUGCGAUUUUGCCAAAUGCAAAUUCGUUGCGGUAUCAACCGGUCCGUACGAGACCCGAUCACCCUUGCUUAGACUGCUAUGGACUAGCACGUUCCAGGGCCAGUAUAUAUCGUCUUAUCCUAGCUAGAUAGCAAUUCAGCGCAGUAUUCUAUCGAUCCGAUAGUCC